ACUUUGAGGCGGAAGCAGUGCGUCCUGCCGUUGUCAACCUGACGUCAGUGGGGGUUAUAAUCCAGCUCCUCGGUGCGGACCAGGACCAGGACCAGAACCAGGACCAGAACCAGGACCAGACACAGACAUGGCCGGGCGGGACCGGGUCGUUCACCUGCUCAGGCAGCUCGAGCGCGCGGCGUGCAGAUGUCCUGCUCACUCCAACACCUUCCAUCAAGGUGCCGGAGCCGCAACCUGCACCGUCCGGAAGACUGACUACGCCUUCGAGAUGGCCAGUUCAAACAUCAGAUAUGGCGAAGGAGUCAGCAGAGAGAUCGGCAUGGACCUCCAGAACCUCGGAGCUCGGAACGUCUGUCUGAUGACGGACAAGAACCUGUCCGUCCUCCCGCCGGUGAAGGCCGUCCUGGAGUCUCUGAGCCAGAACGGAGUGAACUACAAAGUGUACGACGACGUGAGGGUGGAGCCUAAUGACAGCAGUUUUAAAGACGCCAUUGCGUUCUCUAAGAACAACUCAUUCGAUGUGUUCGUGGCGGUGGGCGGCGGCUCGGUGAUUGACACCUGUAAAGCAGCCAACCUGUACGCGUGCCACCCCGACGCCGACUUCCUGGACUUCGUCAACGCGCCGAUCGGCAAAGGGAAGCCGGUCACCGGAGCGCUGAAGCCGCUCAUCGCAGUUCCUACGACCGCGGGAACCGGCAGCGAGACCACCGGAGUCGCCAUCUUCGACUUUGAGCCUCUGAAAGCCAAAACGGGUAUCGCCAGCAGAGCCCUCAAACCGACGCUGGGCAUCGUGGACCCGCUGCACACACUGAGCAUGCCCGAGAGAGUCGCCACCAACAGCGGCUUCGACGUGCUGUGUCACGCUCUGGAGUCGUACACCGCUCUGCCCUACAACCAGCGGAGCCCCUGCCCCCCCAACCCCAUCAACCGCCCCGCCUACCAGGGCAGCAACCCCAUCAGUGACGUCUGGUCCCGCCACGCCCUCAACGUGGUCGCCAAGUUCAUGAAACGAGCGGUGCGGGACCCUGAGGAUCUGGAGGCCCGGUCCAGCAUGCACCUGGCCAGCGUGUUUGCCGGCAUCGGCUUCGGAAACGCUGGAGUUCAUCUGUGCCACGGGAUGUCGUAUCCGAUU